AUGGGAGGUUUUUUUUCUGGUCCCGUUGUUGAAGUAACAAACACAGAUACUUUCAAUGCUUCUGCAUCUUAUGGUAAUUCCACAACACAUGAAAUAGAAGAUCCAAGAUCUCCAACAGCUGAGGUUAAAAGAACACCAUUAAAUAAUAUUAUACAAAAUACCGAGUCAACUACACCUAACGCUUCACAUGAGACACCAAUACUUAAGAAAGAUGCAGCUACGUUAAGAAAUAAGUUAUUAAAGAAAAUGCAUAAUUUUUCAUCAAAAGAAAAUAAAACAGAAUAA